AUGCAUACAUCGCCAGAAGCAUUCACAUUAGCAAGCAGCAUAGGUCUAUGGGAACCAGUCCAUUGGAAUUCUCGAUUAGUCAAAAAUGUUUACAAAAUUUAUUCGUGUUUCACUUUUUCUGUGAUUACUUGGUUCUUAGUAAUCCAAAUGGCUGCAACGAUAAUAAUCGUGAAAACGGUCGACGACUUUGUUGAAUCGACUUACAUGCUGCUGUCAACAAUCAAUGCUUUCGUCAAGGGUGCAACGAUCAUUUUGAGAAAAAAACACGUACUUAAUCUCAUUCGUAUGCUACAACAGGAAAUGUGUUUGCCUAGCAGUUUGGGAGAAAAAAUCUUGUGCACUUCUUAUGACAAGAUUUCAAGAUACACCGUGAUUUCGACAAUCAUCCUCGCCGAAUCGACGGUCUGGUGUUUAUCCGCUUGGCCCUUUCUCUUGGCACGGGACCAACACAUAUUGCCCAUAAUGGCCUAUUAUCCAUUCGGAGUCGAGUCUGGCUGGAAAUACUGGCUCUCUUACCUGCACCAAGCAAUAAGCCUUGGACUGGUUGCAGCCUACGACGUGGCAAAUGACAACAUCAUCACUGGCUUCAUGAUCCAGGCGUGUGCUCAGCUCGAACUCAUGACCUACAGACUGAACAAGCUGUCGCGCAGGACACCGGUGCUCCGCGAAACGUCCCAGGUCACUCGGAUAAUCGAGAAGAACAUUAUCACCCAGAGUGUACGACAUCACCUACUUAUCUUCAAACUUGCAGAUGACAUAAACUCAAUUUUCGCGCCAGUCAUUGGCGUGCAGUUUUGUUUGAGCUCCAUCGUCAUGUGCACGACCAUUUAUCUACUCUCGUUCAAGGACAACAACGGCAUCGAGCUUAUUUUUCUGAUAAUGUACCUGAUUUCCAUGAUAGUGGAAUUUUUCAUGUACUGCUGGUUCGGCAAUGAGGUCACGGAAAAGAGCUUGGAAUUCAGUUUGUCAGUCAGCAAAAUGAAUUGGGCCGAGUUGAAUACGAAGAGCCUCCAGGAAUUGCUGAUCAUGAUGAUACGUUCGACCUCCCCGAUACUACUUUCGUGCGGUCCGUUGAUAACACUCUCGUUGGAAUCCUUCAUGAAAAUGAUUAAGUUAAGUUACUCGGCAUUUAGUGUUCUACAACGAUUAAUGUCCCUUCUGAUUUUGUCAGAGUUAAUAGCCCUUGUACUUUUAACGGAAAACAUAGACGAUUUCGCCGAGGCCAGUUAUGUUUUCCUGGCUAGUUUUAACGGCUGCGUCAAAGGCGUAACCUUUCUAUGGAGGAGAAAGCGCAUCGAUGAAUUGGCUAAUGUAUUGGUGGAAAAAGAAUUCACUCCCAAAAACAUGGAAGAACGUCGACUCUGCUCGUAUUAUGAUAAAAUGUCGAGACUUACAAGAUUUCCCGAAUUGAUUGGAGAAACGGAUUCGUGGGAAAAAGCUCGAAGAAUCGAGAAACUUUUACUGGCUCAGAGUGUCAACCACCACGUCAAUAUUUACGACUUAGGAUUAUCUCAAUUGGCGCAAAUAGUUUUUGUUAGACAUGAUUUCAAGAGCUUCAACGACACCUUCUUCAUUCUUUUGUCAACGAAUUUAACUUGCUUCAAAGCUAUCCGAAUUUUGCUGAAUCAAAAGCAAGUAAUUAGUCUGAUGGAAAUGUUUAAACAAGACUGCUGCUUGUUCCAUGAUUGCUUUGAAAAAAAUAUAGAAAAACGAUGCGAGUAUUACUGCAGAAAAGUCGCAAUAUCACUUUUGUGCCUAUGCGAGAUCACAGGUAUAUUUUUGGUUAUCGCACCACUUUUCAAAGACACUGAGAAUCAAGAGUUGCCCUACAAAGUGCUUUUACCCUAUGACAUCUCCAAUCCUCUGUUUUACUGGCUAACUUUUGUUCAUCACGCUAUUGACGCUGCGAUAUUUGCGGCUAUCAGUAUAAUCACGGACGCCCUAAUAAUUGGAUUUAUGUUGCACGUUUGUGCCCAACUUGAUUUGCUGCAAUUCAGACUUACAAGAUUUCCCGAAUUGAUUGGAGAAACGGAUUCGUGGGAAAAAGCUCGAAGAAUCGAGAAACUUUUACUGGCUCAGAGUGUCAACCACCACGUCAAUAUUUACGAAAUAUCCAAAUCAGUUUGUACCGUCUUUAGCGAAAUUAUCAUUAGCCAGUUUUGCGUUAGUGCAAUUGAAAUUUCCAUUAGUGUUUAUCAGUUAUCGCUUCAUAUGACUAAUGUUGUCGAAUCUUGCACGUAUUUGCUUUACCUGAUUUGUAUGUUGGGACAGCUUUUUGUUUACUGCUACUUUGGGAAUGAAGUUCAUCUUCAGAGCAAAAAAAUAAACUAUACGAUAUUUAGUAUCAACUACACCCCCUUGUCGAUUGAACUACAAAAAGAUUUGACAUUAAUGAAUCUACUGUCAUCGAAGCCCAUCACAAUAUCGUACGGACCUUUCGUUCGCUUGAUACUGGACUCGUUCACUAAUAUCGUUAGAAUAUCGUAUUCAACUUUUAAUCUUUUACAUAAUUCUGUUUAA